AGAAAGGAGAUCAUUUAUUUGUAGAGAAUAUGGGUAGCCCUGAGCCUCUUGGAGCAGUCAAGCACUUCACAUGGAAAGAACUGAGUGCUCUAAACAAGCGAGAGAAUGCUCACGUUGCUCACAACGGAAAAGUUUAUGAUGUUAGUAGUUUUGUAUCAUCUCAUCCUGGAGGUGUUGAUCAGAUCAUGUUAGGAGCUGGUCAUGAUAUAACACACUUAUUCAAUGUCUAUCAUCAACCACAAACAAUGAAGGUACUUGAGAAAUAUUAUGUCGGUGAGCUGAUUGACAAUGAAAUGCCUGUAUAUGCUGAAGACAAGACUCAGUUUUAUCCUGUGCUAAAGAAAAGAGUUAAAGAGCAUUUCAAAUCCCUUAAUAUUGAUCCUAAAAUAGAUUACAGAAUGUUUUCUCUAUACCUGUUUUUCUUGUUCUUUUGGGUGAGCUCAUGGUAUGGAAUGUUAAGAUAUCAUGACUCAUGGCUUGGUGUUGCAUGCUCUUUUGCUCUUGGUUGGUGCAGCUGUUUUGUUCUAUUUAAUUUUGGUCACGACUUGAGCCACUUUGCUAUUACACACAAGCCAUGGAUAUGGAAGGUUGGUGGAUUCAUAACUGUUGUGAUGGGUGGAUUUUCAAUGUAUUGCUGGACAUAUCAACACACUUAUGGACACCAUAAUUACACUAAUGUUAAUGGAGUGGAUCCUGAUACUAAAACUAAUGAUAUUGAUUUUUGGAGGAUUAAACACAAGCAAAACUGGAUUAAAAGAUACCGUCUGCAGUAUAUAUACAUGCCAAUGCUAUAUUGCUUUCUUGCUAUCAAAAUGAAAAUGCAAGACUUUAGUGAUAUUUUAUCACUGCAGAAAGGUACCAUAAGGAUGAACCCUCCAAGUACCUUUCAACUAAUAAAGUUCUACGUUGCCAAGUUCCUCCAUUUCUCACUAGUACUGUUCAUACCAAUGAUGAUCAUGCCACUGAAGACACUGAUAUUGUAUCACUUUAUAUACGAGCUAGUUUAUGGAUUCAUAACAGCUCUAAUAACUGUAGUGAAUCAUGUGAACACUGAUUUAGCUGAAAUACAGCCAGAUGAAACCAAUGAUAAAAAAUGGGCUGAGUAUCAAGUAUUAACUACUAAGGAUUAUGCUACUGAUUCAUUGCUGUGUACAUUAUUAACUGGUGCUCUCAAUCAUCAAGUAGCUCACCAUUUGUUUCCUGAUGUACUCCAGUCCUAUUAUCCCAUCAUUACUCCUAUUGUACGGGAUACUUGUAAAGAGUUUGGUAUUCAGUAUAAUUGUGAGACCAGCUUUCUCACUGUUGUGAAGGAACAUUUAAUUUUCUUGUUUAAAAUGGGACAAGAACCAGCUGCAACACAAUACAAUAAAGAACAAUAAAUAAACAAAAUCAUUUUUUAGCAGAGUUUUU